AUGACGGUCCUGUCACUAUUCUCACUUCCUUUCGUCGCGCUUUUUCUCUCGUUUUGGAGCUCCUCGGUCUCCGCGUCGCCGGACUAUCACGAAAGCCUUCUCCUACAACCCCUCCCGCAGUCCUCCCUACUAGCUUCAUUCAACUUCCGAAGCAAUACAUCGCAACAAUCAUUCGACCAGCAGCAUUUUAGAUAUUUGCCUCGCGCUCUUGGUCAAAUAUUACAACACGCACACACCAAAGAGUUACAUCUCCGCUUCACCACAGGAAGAUGGGAUGCUGAAAGCUGGGGCCAACGGCCAUGGAACGGCAGCAAAGAAGGAGGUACUGGAGUGGAGCUUUGGGCCUGGAUCGAUGCGCCGGACGAUGAGGAGGCGUUUGCUAAAUGGAUCACCCUGACGCAGUCCCUCUCUGGUUUGUUCUGCGCCUCGUUGAACUUCGUGGACUCUACCCGGACCACUCGUCCUGUGGUUUCUUUCCAGCCGGCCGGGGACCACUCGGCUGCUGAUCAAUUGCAUCUUCUGCACGGUACUCUCCCCGGAGAGGUAGUCUGCACGGAGAACUUGACCCCCUUUUUGAAGCUGCUUCCAUGCAAAGGCAAGGCUGGGAUCUCCUCUCUAUUUGAUGGACACAAACUGUUCGAUGCUGCAUGGCAGAGUAUGUCAGUAGACAUUCAGCCAGUCUGCAAUGCAGACGGAGACUGUGUAGUCCAAAUCGAGCAAACUGUGGACAUGGUCUUGGAUAUUGAGCGAUCCAAGCGAUCUCGCUCGAAUCCAAUUCCUCGGCCCGUGCCUAAUGAGCAGCUUGUUUGUGACACUUCCAAGCCUUACAAUGCAGAAGAUACCUGCUACCCUCUUGAAAACGCAAGCGACAAGUCAUGGAGUCUAACAGAAAUCUUCGGGCGAAGUUUGAAUGGUGUUUGUCCCCUUGCAGACUCCGAUGAAUCUAGCGAUCAAAGUGUCUGCCUUCGCGUUCCCCACGAGCGGGAAGUCUUCAUAUCUGGAGAAGCCGAUGAGAUCAAGAAAGACGACGGCUUCACGCGUUGUUUCAACUUGGCGCCAUCGGCUUCUUUUGAUCUCUCAAUUCAGCAGCAGCCAGUGAAUACGCAAGUCCCGCUGGAUGAGCCCGUUUUACACGCCGAGCGAACCAUUGUUGGCCACGGCCAGGAGCGCGGUGGAAUGCGCAUCAUCUUCGGCAAUCCAUCCGAUACGAGCGCAGUUGAUUUCAUUUACUUCGAGUCUCUCCCGUGGUUCUUGCGACCAUAUAUACAUACAUUGUAUGCAACAAUCACAGGGCUCGACGGAGUUCCGCGUGAGGUCCCCGUCUCCGAAAUCGUCAAGGAGACAUACUACCGCCCCGCUAUUGAUCGCGAGCGUGGAACACAAUUAGAGCUAGUGCUCUCUGUUCCCGCUGCAUCGACCGUUACCUUGACUUACGAUUUCGAAAAGGCUAUUCUUCGGUACACUGAGUAUCCCCCUGAUGCUAAUCGCGGCUUCAACGUUGCACCUGCCGUCAUUCGGAUCUUGGACAGCACUCACAGUGCGCCGGUCUAUAUCCGUUCCACGAGUUUGCUUCUUCAACUCCCAACCCCGGAUUUCAGUAUGCCGUACAAUGUGAUCAUCCUCACUAGUACCGUAAUCGCACUGGCCUUCGGAACCAUCUUCAAUAUCUUGGUCCGACGAGUGGUCUCUCUAGAUGAGGCCGCCGCACUUGCCGCCCAGACUAUGAAAGGCCGGUUAUUCGGGAAAUUGGUCGCCAUUCGUGAUCGAUUCCGUGGCAAGGAGACCAAAGUGGAAUAG